GUGCAGGAACAGUAUAACAGCGUUGCGAUGUUAGUAAAUAUCUCGUCUGUAGUAAAAACACAUUUGGCAGUUGGAGUUUUAGCACAGAGGGCAGGAGGUCCUUUCUUUGUGAGUGGUGGGUGUAUGAAAUUGGUUGCCAAGCAACGUUUUUGCGUCUGGAUUAGGAUGAACGGGGCAUACGAAACUAAAAAUAAUAUACAAAGUGCAACAUCUACCUCGAAACCAGCAGGCGGAGCCAUUCGCAGAAACCGCCGAUGCAGUGUUUAACAUUGACCUUCUUGCCCAAACGCUGCGCAGGAAGUAAACAAAGCCAGAUGUGAAGCGUGAUGGGGUGUGGGAAGCGGGCACCGUUUCCAUUACUCUGCUCUGGUAACCGUGUCUUCUGCUUUGCUUCGUGCAGCCCAGGCUUCAGCACCAACGCUGUGUCGCGCUUUACAGUUAAGCAACAGGAAUGGCCAUGCAGCAGCCAGAGGUCUUGCGCUCCAGUGCUUGGUCACUGGGGGAGCUUGCUGGACAGAAGAAGCUGCUGGGUCUUGGAGCUUUGCUGGCAUGGAUCAUCCUCUUCCACUUGCUGGUGAAUGUGUGGCUGCUUUGCAUGCUCACCAGCCUGCUGAUUGUGAUGGGAGGCUGGUUGGGAUCCCAGGCAGUUUUUGACACCAAUAGCGUAGUCCAUCUGGAGAGGUUUAUCAAGCUGGAGGCUUGCGCCCCCUCGCCGGAAUCUGAAUCGCAGCUUGACGAAGAAAUCAGGAGCACAGUGAGUAAGAUUAUCAGGGAUUUUGUUUCUUCCUGGUACCGGACAGUGAGCAGGGAGCCCGAGUUUGAGACUGAAGUGCAGAACGCCAUGCUGGCAAUGGCAUUGGAGCUGAAGAUGAGAUCCAGGAGCAUGGACAGGAAAGCUCUGGCCCAGAAGAGCAUGGUUUUGUUCGGGUGCCACUUGCAAAGCUACAUGAGGGUGAAGGAGGUAAUUGCUGAACUUGACAAGCAACCAGGUGGGGAUGACCGUUACAACCAGGGGAGUCUCUGGAGGCUCUACUCUAAAGUCAGCAGCCCCCAUCGAGCUUUAGAAAGCUCAGCCAUGGAGGUGAGCCACGCGCGAGCCAUUGUAGACCUGCUGUUGCAUGCGUUUACGCCGGCCCCCCACUUGGAAACCAGAACAGGGAGGUAUGUGGUUGGGGAGCUCAUAACCUGUAAUGUUCUGCUGCCGCUUAUCACAAAGGUGUCCGAUCCGGCUUGGAUCAAUGCAAUGAUCGUUGAUAUCUUAACAAAGUCAGUCAUAAAAGCUAAGCCAACACCAUUGCCAUCUCCACUUCCACCACCACCACCCCCUCCACAGGAACCACAGCUAGAAGCUCCAAGUUCCUUACCACUGAAGAUCUAUUUGGAGACACCGGCAAGUGUAGCACCCACUCCUAAAAGCUUAGACUAUUCCAGCUAUGAUCUUCUUGAUCAAGCAGAAGCUUGUCCUCAGCAGGAGAAAGACGAAGAGGAAUCCAAACAAGACGCUGAGUUUUUUCCUGGUGGCAAGAUUGUCACCAACUACUUGAGGCCAGAUGCUUUUAACCCUUUCUAUCCUUGUGAUGAUUCUGACCUUGAAUCCCCUAUGGCAGAUUUCAGGAAAAGCUCUGAAUGUUUGGUGCUUACAGAAGAAGCUCUACAAUCUGACAGACUUAGAGACUGCGUUACCCCUACAGAAUUUAGCAGCGCCCCAGGACUUGAAGAAGCAGUGAGAAGUGACCAUGCAAGUUUGGAAGAGGGCAUUCCGGGGCCGUUGGAUCAGAACCUGGAGGUGCAAGUUAAAAACGAAGCCGAUCUUUCAGGCACAAAAGAAGAAAGUCCGACCAGCACUUCAGGUCUAGGGAAUUUCCUUUGUGAAGAACCUGGCCAGAUUCCUUCAAGACAGCCUUUCUUCCAAGGCAAGGAGGCUUUGGCCUCCGCACAUGCCAGCAGUAGUGACCCCCAGGAACUGUCCAUGGCACUUCCCAUGCUGACUUCUUCCUCCUCUACAGGAAUAGUUAAUCUUUCAACCUUCAGCUUCGAGCCGCUCAGCAGCCCCGAUGGUCCAGUUAUCAUCCAGAACUUGCGCAUUACUGGCACCAUCACGGCCAAAGAGCACAGAGGCACCGGCUCGCAUCCUUACACGUUGUACACUAUCAAGUAUGAAACAGCAGUAGAUGCAGAGAACCCAGGCACCCUUCAGCCAGUGGCGUACCACAUGGUGAACCGUCGCUACAGCGAGUUUCUCAAUCUGCAGACCAGGAUGGAGGAGAAAACUGAACUGCGCAAGCUUAUUAAAAAUGUAAAAGGACCAAAGAAGAUUUUUCCAGACCUCCCUUUUGGUAAUAUGGACAGUGACAGAGUGGAGGCUAGAAAAGGCCUGUUGGAAUCGUUUCUCAAGCAACUGUGUGAAAUUCCUGAAACGGCGAAUAGCGAGGAGAUGCAGGAGUUUUUGGCUCUCAAUACAGAUGCAAGGAUUGCUUUUGUAAAGAAGCCAUUUAUUGUGUCUCGGAUUGACAAGGUCAGCCUCUGAACAGCCUUCCCCAGAUCGGAGCCUCAGAGCCCCACAGAGGACAUUGCAGAGAAUGAAACAGGGGAGUCUAAACCGGUGCCAGACUGCAAGAAGAACAAAUCCAGGCUUAGAUUCUCCAGUAAAAUCGCCCCCAUUUUCAGUGAAUCUGAAUUGCACCCUAAAGUGCUUUACUGUUUUGGGGAGAGCAGUACUGUCUUUGAUGGCCUUUCCCUGGCUGGAAUGGCAGAUUUCAUUCAGGAGCAGGAGAGGCUGCUGGAGAUGGGAACACAAGUUGAGCGGGAUGGAAAGACUCCCGUGAGCGGCGGUGAAGACAGGGAACCACAGCAGCCUGUGGAGCAAAGCAAGGCAGCAGCUGCUGAAACGGAUUUAGCAGAUGUAGCCCUGAACCUGCUCAGCCUGCUGAUGAAGGAACAGUGGAGCUGGCUGUGCACUGAGAACAUUCAGAAGACCAUUCGACUGCUCUUUGGGACACUCAUUGAGAGAGUGAAAAGUAAUUACCCUUCAGGCUUUUUCAAUGCUUUGGAACCUGAAGUUACAAUCAGAGCAAUUUAUUCCGCAAAACUAGGAGCCCAAUAAUGUCUGCUUACACGU